CGCUAGGAGCGUUCUAGGCUCCUCGGCAGCUCACAUCUGGCUGGGGUUUGCUCUUUACGUAUUUGUCCCGCUUUCUUCCUCUCUUCCUUUACUUUCAAGAGAAACCACGUUUCCGCUUCUGACCAAGGAGACCUUGGAGACGGCUGAGGAGAUAAAGCCCGGAGGAGGCUCAGCCCCCGGGAGAUGCUCUAAGAGACUGCAGGAGAGCCCUGAGAGGCGCGGGAGGAUUCAGCUGACACAGCUGGCUCAGCUGGAAGGAGAUGUCCGAAUCCUGCAGUCAUGAAGUGCUCUAAGCUUCUCAAGGUUGAAUUCUCGCUGCAUCAAGGCAGAAGCAGGAAGAUGGGCUCCCAUGGACAGGGACUACUGCUGGGAUGCUGCCUGCUGCUGGCCACUGCUUGGGGCCCAGUCCUGAGCCACGUGCGACGUGGUCAGCAAGAACAUCUGGAACAGGAGGGGAGACGGGAGCUGCCAUCCCCGAUGGAUCAAGCUCAGAGGGAUGAAGAAAAACAUGAGAAGUACAGUCAGGGCGGGGCCCCCCCUGCCUCCCGGUGCUUUCGGUGCUGUGACCCCAGCACCCCUGCGUACCAGGCGAUCCCACCACCCCAGAUCAACAUCACCAUCUUGAAAGGGGAGAAAGGUGACCGAGGAGACCGAGGCCUCCAGGGUAAAUACGGCAAAACGGGCUCCGUGGGUGCCAGGGGACACAUCGGUCCCAAAGGGCAGAAGGGAUCCAUGGGGGCCCCUGGGGACAGAUGUAAGAAUCACUAUGCAGCCUUCUCAGUGGGCCGGAAGAAGGCCCUGCACAGUAAUGACUACUAUCAGCCCGUGGUCUUCGACACACAGUUCGUGAACCUCUACAAACAUUUCAACAUGUUCACUGGGAAGUUCUACUGCUAUGUGCCGGGCAUCUACUUCUUCAGCCUCAACGUGCACACUUGGAACCAGAAGGAGACGUACUUGCACAUCAUGAAGAACGAGGAGGCGGUGGUGAUCCUGUAUGCACAGGUGAGCGACCGCAGCAUCAUGCAAAGCCAGAGCCUGAUGCUGGAGCUGCAGGAGCAGGAUGAGGUGUGGGUGCGCCUCUUCAAGGGCGAUCGUGAGAAUGCCGUUUUCAGCGAUGAGUUUGACACCUACAUCACUUUCAGUGGCUACCUGGUCAAGCCUGCCGCUGAGCCCUAGUGACUGCCGACCUCCUUGCUUGUCGCCCCUUACCCUUGCUGGGCCCUGCGGACCCUGGGGUCCUGCCCCAGACUGACCCCAUCACCGCUCUCCCUCAGGCCUGGCUUCCUCAGCCUCCGCUUUACUUAGCUUUGGCUUUGACAAGACACCCUUGGCUGCUGGGAAGCCCAAAGGGCUGUGUGGUCCCCGAUCUGCUCUGGCUGCCGGGAGAUGAAGUCAUCAGGGUGGGGCGCCUGUGAGAACACUGGGGGACCUCCAGCUCCCUGCUGGGCAUGCAGCCUUAGACGACCCUGCAGUGUGUGGUCCUGCGGCGACAGGGUGUCCUGGAGCACAGCCUGUGUGCUCCCAUUCCUGAAUGUAAUUAAGCAAAUGCUAAGGGUUUCAAGAGAACAAAGUAAACCAGGGACUGUUAUUUUUGCCUCUCCAGCCAGCUGGCUCUCAGAAGGAGAGCUAUUUUCACUGGAGGGGCCCAGAGCCUACACAGGAAUAGAUCUAAAAGGGGGCCAGGGAGGGCUGCGGUUGAGGUUUGGAAGCCUUAUCUGGCUUAAUUCUAUUAGGCCAUGUAUGACUGUUCUUGGGGACAGCGGGACUGACCUCUGUGCCCUCUUAACAUUGCUGCAGCCUGGCCCAGGGGCUCUGUCAGCCUUUCUGAGCCACAACAGUGAAAGGGUUGGGGUAGAGCAGCAAACAUCAGCUCCCCAGAAGGACCACCAAGUCCUCUGCAGUUGACUCUGGGCUGGUGGGAGCAGUGUGCUUACACCAGCUCACAGGUUCCUGACAGUGGUUGGGGACCUCAGGCACUCCCCAACCUGCAGGUGUCUCUCUAAGAAACAAAGCUCUCCUUCCCUAGGCUAACCUUGAGCCCCAGGUGGGUUCCUCCACGCCCGCUGCUGUGGCCUAAGCUCCCUGUUCCUUCUUCCAGAUGGUUCAGCCACGGAAAGCACCAAGCCUUAGACUCAGGUUCUACCAAACCACCUCUCAUCACCUCAGCAUCCUUCUCCUUCCCUGGCUCAGCAUCCUUUCUGAGCAUCUGCUGUGUUGACUUGCAGUGAGGCUGAGGUGGAUGGGACCAUCCAGGCCUGACACAGCUCUAGCCAGCCUAUGGCAACAUGAGAGGGUUUUUUUCUGGGUCCCAGAACCUGGGGAGAGCUCUAGGGAGCUAGAGAGUCCCUCCUAUCUACGUCCGGUGCUACUGUUGGGUCAGACACCCUGUGCAGAGAGUGGACUGUACAAAGACGCAGGAACCCUAGCGGUUCUCUUGGAAGAGAGAACCAGGCCUUGGGUGUGCGGAUCAUUAACAAUGUCAGGCACAGUACUCCAGCUUCAGGGCAGAUUCUCUGAGCUCCUGCUGGCCCCAUCCUCUCUUACCCAUAUUGGUCCCCAAGGUCUGGGUUGCUCCAUCAAGUACAUGCCAUCCGGGGACCUUCUUUGCUGCUGCCUGGGUGGUCCUCGGUUUGGAUCUUUCCUUUCCACCUUCUGGGGCCUGGCUGCUGGGGUGCAGAGUUUGCAUGUGCCUCCUCUUGAGGGACUUUUGCUGGUCAGACCCUUCAAGUCACAUUUCCGUGGGCAUACCUGCAGCAGAGGCCCGUCUGCCCCCUGUGCUCUGCAGUGCCCUGUCCAGGAAUCAUUAAACUUGCCAUGGUGAUUUUCAGCAA